AUGUUUGCCUACUUUCCCCUGAAAAGGCUCGGCAGUACUGAGAAUGAGGUGGGACUGAAACACGACACUCUUGACAUAAACACUGGGCAUAACGACAGAGUGGGAGCACACUCAGGACAGUGACUUCUUCAGAAAGAUUUGGUGUGAGUCACAUGGCCAUGAUUUAAAAGAUGUCCACUGCCAUUUUGAAAAUCAUGAUCACCCUGACCUUGACGGGCUCCAUCCAGUGCGGAAAGGUCCUGGUGUUCCCUCACGAGGGCAGCCACUGGGUUAACAUGAAUGUAUUGAUACAAGAGCUGCACAACAGAGGUCACCAUGUCGCGGUCAUCCGAGCAGCUGACAGCUGGUACAUCAAAGAGCAAUCCCCCUACUACCACUCCAUAACCGUUGACUUCUCAGUAGGGGGAGACGAGGCUUUCUUCAGCAGCUUUGUCGCCAGACAGAUCCAGAUUCAGCGGGAAAGCGGCUCACUUUGGACUCGGUUCAGUCUGGACAUGGAGAUGAAAAACAUGUUUUCUGAGAUGCACAGGAAGAUGUGUGAAAUGGUCAUCCGUAUAAUCGAGGAUCCCAAACUGAUCAAUUCCAUCCGAGAAACGGAGUACGAUGUGAUGCUAACGGACCCUGCGAACGGCGGAGGAGUCGUGCUGGCACAUUAUCUGCACUUACCGCUGGUUUUUAACGUCCGUUGGACUGUACACGGAGAGGGGCAUUUUGCAAUCGCGCCUUCGCCCUUAUCGUACAUUCCCUUUCCUUUAUCCAUGUUAACGGAUAGGAUGACUUUUUUUCAAAGGGUAUAUAACAUCCUCUUUGCUGACCUCAGGUUAUUCUUAUACAAGAGCAUUAUAGGUCCUCAUUACAGUGUUUUGUGUAAGCGCUACUUUGGUCCAGAUGUGGACUAUUUCGAAUUGUUCCAGGCAGCUGAUAUCUGGCUCAUGAGAGUCGAUUUUGUGUUCGAGUUCCCUCGCCCAACGAUGCCAAACGUCGUUUAUAUGAGUUGCUUCCAAUGCAAACCACGAAAAGCCCUUCCGGAUGACUUAGAAGACUUUGUGGAAAGUUCUGGAGAGCAUGGAAUUGUGGUUGUAUCAUUGGGAACGCUGGUUGCACAGCUUGCUGAUGAUAUAACCGACGAAAUGGCUGCCGCUUUUGCUCAGCUCCCUCAAAAAGUGAUCUGGCGAUACUCCGGGAAGCAACCGUCCACUCUCGGGAAGAACACCAUACUCAGGGACUGGUUGCCACAGAAUGAUCUUCUUGGACAUCCCAAGACAAAGGUUUUUGUGAGCCAUGGUGGAACAAACGGGAUUUACGAAGCUAUUUAUCACAGCAUUCCAAUCGUUGGCCUACCUUUGGUUUUUGAUCAACAUGACAAUCUGUUUAAGAUGAAAAAUAAAGGUGUCGCACAGGUCGUGGACAUAGCUACUAUAAAUCGGAAUGUGUUUCUUGAGGCUAUACAGGAAGUCCUAAAUGAGCCUUCCUACAGUAUAAACAUGAAGAGGCUGUCCAGGCUUCUCAGAGACAGACCCAUACAGCCUCUGGACAAUGCCAUGUUCUGGAUCGAGUUUGUUAUGAGACACAAAGGUGCUGCUCAUCUACGAACAGAGUCUUACAAAAUGCCUUGGUAUGUUUACUCCAGUGUCGAUGUUAUCGCGUUUUUACUGUUGGUUACAUCAAGUAUAAUUUUCCUCAUCUUUGCUGCAAUCCGAUACAUAUGCUGCAGGGCAUGCAGGAAAAAAAGAGUAAAACAAGACUGAUUCUGCACACCCAGAGUCACAAACAAAUGAAAGUGCAGAGAUCGGAUUUUCAAAUGAUCGAUACGCCGUUGUGUCUGUAUGCAGAGGUUUUAUCUAAUCAAGUGGUGGAAAAUUAUUGUGCAUUUUAGUCUUGUUUUGCUCAAAGGAAAAACAUUCACACUAAGAAUAUAUAAAUGCAGUAAAGUACAAAUUUCAAUG